UUCCGUUUUUUUUUGAUCGGAAGGGACCAGAGGCGAACUCCGAAGAGAAUGGCUCCGAAGAAGAAGCCGCAGAAGCAAAGCAACAAAGCUGCUGCUUCGUCUUCAUCAUCGAAAUCGAAUUAUCAGAAACCUUCUUCUGGUCCUAAGCUUCAGAUUUCGGCGGAGAACGAAGAUCGUUUGCGGCGGCUCUUGCUCAACACUGGCCGCUCCGGUCCUACGGUUCCGGCUCCUAUCAGUAAUUCGCUCUCCAAGGCUCAAAAGACAAAGAAACUCACUAAUGUCUAUGAGAAACUCUCUUGCGAAGGCUUCGUUGAUGAUCAGAUUGAGCUCGCUCUCUCCUCCCUUAGAGAUGGAGCUACGUUUGAGGCUGCACUUGAUUGGCUUUGCUUGAACUUGCCGAGUCAUGAGUUGCCAGUGAAGUUUUCUACUGGAGCUUCUCGGUUUCCUACCACAGGUGGUUCUGUGGGUGUGAUAUCGAUCUCCCGGGAUGAUUGGAAUGAUUCUAUCGACUCUUCAGUCCAGGUAGAGGAGGAGGAGCCUGAGGUUUUAAUUCGAGUGAAGGGCAAACAAGAUGAAGAAGAUACUCUUAAUUCUGGCAAAUCAUCUCAAGCUGAUUGGAUCCGUCAGUAUAUGAUGAGACAGGAAGAGGAAGAAUUGGAAUGUUGGGAAGAUGAAGUCGAUGGUAUUGACCCCAGAAAGAAGGUAUCUGGUCCAAGGCCAUUCGAUGUGAUUUCCAAAGAAUAUUAUUCGGCAAGAUCAGAUGCUAUAAAAGCAAAGGAGAAGCGUGAUAAAAGAGGACAGGAGCAAGCAGGCCUAGCGAUUCGCAAGCUCAAGCAAGAGAUAUCUGAUCUUGGGAUAUCGGAAGCAAUGUUAGAAUCUGAAUUUCAGCGCGAAUAUGCUUUUGAAGAACAAGAAUUAACCUGUCCCAUGUCCGAUAACCUUCAUGAGUCAGUUGAUGCUGACGAUGUCUCUGUUCAGCCGUUAGAUAACUUGACCUUGGAUGCCAAUCCUGCUGGGAGCUGUGAGUCGGAGGAAAUUCAAACUAAAGUGCUUCCCUCAAGUUCCUCGGGACAAGAUUUAGUUGCAUUGGAUGAAGAUUCAGAGGACGUGGAGCUUGGCGGUACAUUUUUUGAAGAAAUUCCACCUUCUGAAAUUUCACCCCAUGAACUCCUGGAAUUGCAGAAGGAGGAAAAGAUGAGAGAACUACGCAGUGAGAAAAAUCUUGGGAAACUAGAUGGUAUCUGGAAGAAGGGUGAGGCGCAAAAGAUCCCAAAGGCAUUUCUCCAUCAAUUGUGUCAGAGAUCAGGGUGGGAAGCACCAAAGUUCAAUAAAGUAACCGGUGAAGGAAGAGAUUUUUCAUAUACUGUAAGUAUUCUUCGCAAAGCCAGUGGACGGGGUAAAAACAGACAAGCCGGGGGUCUGGUAACUCUUCAACUUCCACAUAAAGAUGAGAACUUUGAAUCCAUUGAGGAUGCACAAAACAAAGUUGCGGCAUUUGCUCUUCAUAAGCUUUUUUCUGAUUUACCUGUCCACUUUGCAAUUACGGAGCCUUAUGCGUCUCUACUUCUGAUCUGGAAACAAGAGGAAUUGUUCUGUACCAUACAAAGCACAGAAGAAGACCGAAGAGCUAGUUUUGUUGAUAAGUUGCUUGGGGAGGAAAAUUUCAGUUUAACCGCGUCAUCAAGUGGCAUUGACAAUGCACUUCCAUUGGUGGACUCCGAUGUCAAAGAGAAAGAUGACUUGGGUGUUGUCAAAUCUAAUCAUAGAGCUAAAAAAGACUCCUAUAUAGAAGCUGAGUGUUUAACCCUCCAACGAAAACAAGAAAACAAAAAGAGAAUGCCGAAGUACAAGGAAAUGUUGAAAACUAGAAAUGCUCUUCCUAUAUCCGAAGUUAAGAAUGGCAUACUCCAGCAUCUGAAAGAAAAAGAUGUCUUGGUGGUAUGCGGAGAAACAGGCUCCGGAAAGACUACACAGGUUCCUCAAUUUAUAUUGGAUGAUAUGAUUGAUUCGGGGCAUGGUGGAUACUGUAAUAUCAUAUGCACACAACCUCGGCGGAUUGCGGCUAUCUCUGUUGCUCAAAGAGUUGCUGAUGAGCGUUGUGAAUCCUCUCCAGGCUUAGAUGACUCCUUGGUUGGGUAUCAAGUUCGUCUUGAAAGUGCAAGGAGUGACAAGACUAGGCUGCUGUUUUGUACUACUGGCAUUCUAUUGAGGAAACUCGCUGGAGAUAAAACCUUGAACGAUGUUACACAUAUUAUAGUCGAUGAAGUGCAUGAGCGGUCUCUUUUGGGUGAUUUUCUCCUCAUUAUUUUGAAGAGCCUGAUUGAGAAGCAAUCAUGCGAUAAUACAUCACGUAAACUAAAAGUUAUCCUUAUGUCCGCUACUGUGGACGCAGAUCUAUUCUCAAGAUAUUUUGGUCAUUGUCCAGUGAUUACUGCUCAAGGAAGAACACAUCCAGUCACUACCCACUUCCUGGAGGAGAUUUAUGAGAGUAUUAACUACCUUCUUGCACCAGAUUCUCCUGCUGCGUUAAGGUCUGAUUCAUCUAUUAGAGACAAGCUUGGUUCCGUAAAUGACCGUAGGGGGAAAAAGAAUCUUGUAUUGGCUGGCUGGGGAGAUGAUUAUUUGCUGUCUGAGGACUGUCUCAACCCAUUCUAUGUUUCCAGUAAUUACAACUCAUACAGUGACCAAACACAACAAAAUCUGAAAAGGUUAAAUGAGGAUAUAAUUGACUACGAGCUUCUUGAAGAGUUGAUAUGCCACAUUGAUGACACUUGUGAGGAAGGGGCAAUUCUUAUAUUUUUGCCUGGAGUGUCAGAAAUUUACAUGUUACUCGAUAGGUUAGCUGCCUCGUAUCGUUUUCGUGGACCUGCUGCAGAUUGGCUUCUUCCUCUACAUUCUUCUAUUGCAUCUACAGAACAGAGAAAGGUGUUUCUGCGUCCCCCUAAAGGCAUACGGAAGGUUAUCGCAGCUACAAAUAUUGCAGAGACCAGUAUAACAAUUGAUGAUGUGGUGUAUGUGAUUGACAGUGGCAAACACAAGGAAAAUCGCUACAAUCCACAGAAGAAAUUGUCGAGCAUGGUGGAAGAUUGGAUAUCUCAAGCAAAUGCAAGGCAGAGAACAGGAAGAGCUGGACGUGUCAAACCUGGUAUUUGCUUUUCAUUGUACACACGCAAUAGGUUCGAGAAGUUAAUGCGUCCCUAUCAGGUUCCUGAGAUGCUGCGGAUGCCAUUAGUAGAGUUAUGUCUACAAAUCAAAUUGCUUGGCUUGGGUCACAUUAAACCUUUUCUGUCCAAGGCUUUGGAACCUCCGAGUGAAGGUGCUAUGACCUCUGCGAUUUCAUUGUUACAUGAGGUCGGUGCUGUUGAAGGGGAUGAAGAGUUGACACCACUUGGGCAUCAUUUAGCAAAACUUCCUGUUGAUGUGUUGAUUGGAAAGAUGCUGUUAUAUGGUGGAAUAUUUGGUUGCUUAUCACCUAUUCUCUCAAUCGCUGCUUUCUUGAGCUACAAAUCACCGUUUAUAUAUCCCAAAGAUGAGAAACAAAAUGUCGACCGGGUGAAACUUGCUCUCUUGUCUGACAAUGUGGUGGGCUCGAGUGAUUUAAACAACAAUGACAGACAAUCUGAUCACCUCCUUAUGAUGGUUGCAUACGAUAAAUGGGUGAAGAUACUGCAAGAGCGAGGAAUGAAAGCUGCACAGAGGUUCUGUGAAUCAAAGUUCUUGAGCAGCUCAGUGAUGCGGAUGAUCAGAGACAUGAGAGUACAAUUUGGCACAUUACUUGCCGAUAUCGGGCUCAUCAAUCUUCCUAAAACAGGAGAGUUUUCGGGGAGAAAAAAGGAGAAUCUUGAUGUCUGGUUUUCUGACCCAAGUCAACCUUUCAAUAUGUAUUCACAACAACGUGAAGUUAUUAAGGCUAUACUAUGCGCAGGACUAUAUCCUAAUAUAGCAGCCAAUGAUAAAGGAAUUACAGAGACAGCGUUUAACAGUUUGACAAAGCAAGGAAACCAAACAAAGAGCUACUCGGCAUGGUACGAUGGCAGAAGAGAAGUUCAUAUCCAUCCAUCUUCUAUAAACAGCAGCUUCAAAGCAUUCCAAUACCCUUUCCUUGUAUUCCUUGAGAAGGUUGAAACGAACAAAGUAUAUUUGCGAGAUACAACCAUCGUUUCUCCUUUCUCCAUUCUACUUUUUGGUGGCUCAAUCAAUGUUCAUCAUCAGAGUGGAUCAGUCACCAUUGAUGGAUGGUUGAAGGUAGCAGCACCAGCUCAAACAGCGGUUUUGUUCAAAGAACUCCGGUUAACCCUUCAUUCCAUUCUUAAAGAUCUCAUCCGAAAACCCGAGAAAUCAGGUAUUGUCCACAAUGAAGUCGUAAAAUCUAUGGUCCAUCUUCUUAUAGAAGAAGGCAAACCGCAACACACAUGAAUUAAAAAGGAAUACCAAAUUGUCUGUAACUCACCAAUAUUUGAAGGUGAACAAUGUAUAAGCCACAAUGUUGAUACUAAGGUGUCUUUCAUAGCUAAUAAUUUCAGUUUUAGGUAAGUCAAUUGAGAUUCCCAGAGCUCAAUUGUCUAUAUUUACAA